GCGGCCCCGGGGCGCAGCAUGGAGGAGGAGAUGCAGGCAGCGGAGGAGGGGCCCAGCGUCCCCAAAAUCUACAAGCAACGCGGCCCCUACAGCGUCCUCAAGACGUUCCCGAGCAAGAGACCGGCUCUGGCCAAGCGCUACGAGAGACCCACCCUGGUGGAGCUGCCGCACGUGCGGGCGCCCCCGCCGCCCUUCGCGCCCCUCGCCGCGGGCUCCAUCAGCAGCAGCGAGCCGCCCCAGCCGCCGCCGCCGCCGUUCCCGGCCCAGAGCCCCUACCCCCCCGGGCCCGGCCGGGCCGCCGCCGCCGCCUCGUCGUCGUCGCCGUCCUGCACGCCCGCCGCGCCCCAGGGCCACCUGAGGACUCCGGCGCCGCCGCCCCCGGCCCCCGCCGCCUCCUCGUCGUCUUCCUUCGCCGCCGUCGUCAGGUACGGCUCCGGCUCGGCAGCCGCCGCGGGCAGCAGCCACGCGGGUAGCGACGGCGCCAGCCUGGAGCUCAGCGCAGAGAGCCGGAUGAUCCUGGAUGCCUUUGCCCAGCAGUGCAGUCGAGUUCUUAGUUUAUUGAAUUGUGGAGGAAAACUUGUGGAUUCCAACCAUUCUCAAUCCAUGAUUUCUUGUGUAAAGCAAGAAGGCUCAAAUUACAGUGAAAGAUCGGAGCAGUGUCAUGUUGGCAAAGGGGUCCACAGUCAGACCUCAGACAAUGUAGAUAUAGAGAUGCAGUAUAUGCAAAGGAAGCAACAGACUUCUGCCUUUCUGAGGGUUUUCACUGACUCCCUCCAGAAUUACCUGCUCUCCGGGAGCUUCCUGACUCCCAGCACCUCGUCAGUCAGUGAGUAUGGCCACUUGGCUGACGUGGAUCCUCUGUCAACCUCCCCGGUGCACACACUGGGUGGCUGGGCAUCUCCGGCGACAUCCGAAUCCCAUGGUCACCCAUCCUCUUCUACACUGCCAGAGGAGGAAGAGGAGGAGGAGGAGGAGGAAGGCUACUGUCCUCGAUGCCAGGAACUGGAGCAGGAGGUGAUUUCACUACAGCAAGAAAAUGAGGAACUCAGAAGGAAGCUCGAGAGCAUCCCAGUGCCCUGCCAAACCGUGCUAGAUUACUUGAAGACCGUUUUGCAACACCACAACCAACUGCUGAUGCCACAGCCCGCUGACCAGCCCACCGAGGGAAGCAAGCAGCUGUUGAACAACUAUCCCGUCUACAUAACGAGCAAGCAGUGGGACGAGGCUGUAAAUUCCUCCAAGAAAGAUGGGAGACGCCUCCUGCGCUACCUCAUCAGAUUUGUUUUCACAACCGAUGAGCUUAAGUACUCAUGCGGCCUUGGAAAAAGGAAAAGGUCAGUGCAGUCAGGAGAGACAGGUCCUGAGAGACGCCCUCUGGAUCCAGUUAAAGUCACAUGCCUCCGAGAAUUCAUUAGAAUGCAUUGUACCUCCAACCCUGACUGGUGGAUGCCUUCGGAGGAGCAGAUAAACAAAGUCUUCAGCGAUGCUGUGGGUCACGCCCGGCAGGGGCGGGCCGUGGGGACUUUCCUGCACAACGGUGGCUCAUUCUACGAAGGGAUGGAUCACCAGGCCUCGCAGGAUGAAGUCUUCAAUAAGAGCUCCCAGGACGGAUCUGGGGAUUGCUGAGUGGACUUGACCUGCCCACGGGAGCCACCUGUCCUCAGAAGACCCAGUUGUGAACAUUCUGUUCCUGUCCCCCAAGAGUCCAAAGCAUGUCAUUCUGUUGCUCUCUGCACAUUUGCAACCUGGACACGUUCUCGAUCUACUGUCACGGUUCCCAAGUAGAAAUCCAUUUUAGGGUUAUUUGGAAAGACCGUGGCUCCUAGAACAGACUUCUGGGAUGUUAGAAGGUUACAGUUGACUUUUCAUGAAUGCUAGCUAGACGGUGAAGGUGCCGAAGGGUGAGUUCCUACCACCUGCCCCAGAUCUCCCUGGGAAGUACCUGCUUUCCAGAGCGGAGCUAGCCCCCGAGGGAGGAGGGCUGGGUUAGUGCCUCUGCCCCAUGCAAAAUGGUUAGAGACGUAGAUUUAUUUUAAGGGCCAAGGAACAGAUAGUGUCUUACUUUAGUUCUAAUAAGAUGUCUUUAUGUUUUCCAAAGUCUUAAGCUCAUAGUUAUCUGCAAAGGCAUGAGAUCAGUGACAAGAUAUGCUGUCUCUAUAUAUUGAAAUCUGUGACAAAGAAGUUAAGAAACAGGCCACCAGCGUAGAUGGUAAUUAGCUGUUUUUCUAUCACUUUACAAAGAAGACAUUCCACUGUGCUGAUCCGGAAGGUGCGCUGUGUGAAGUGAGUCUGCACUGACAGCAGUGUUGCAUUGUCAGUCAUCAAGCGGUCCAGAAUCAUAUGGAACAUUGUCUCAUAGCUUUCUGGAGCCAGCAGCUUCCAUAGCCUUCACUUGGGCUUUGUGGACACGGUGCUCAGAGCAGUGUGGUGGAUGAUGAGAAUUCCCACCAGUUUGUUGUUUGGUGAUCAAAGAAGUGGUGUGACUGCUGACAUUAGCCAAGUUGGCCAGAUGUCUGAAAUUCUGUACACACCGUGGCAAGGGCAGUCGAACAACUAUGCAAUGGGCUUGUCAGUGAUUUCUCUGAAAAUUCAGGGUCUUCGGGCGCUGAAUUGAUCAUCACAAAGUGCUCUGUUUCUGUCGUCUGUGAUCGUGGAGGAAACCAUGUCAUCCCGAGUGUGUGCACCAUUUCCCUCAGUUACCACUUUGAGUGAACCCAUUCCACAAGCCUCCCUGCUUGCGUUCCCCUGUUCGGUGUGUUGAGCUCCGUAUGGAAAAUGAAUGGUGUCUUGGGACCUGUUCCUUGAUCGCCAAAUGCUGUAGAGGAGAUGCUAGGGCUGUGAUUUCUGAGAGCCUCGUGUUUUAGGUGAGCAGAACUUUCUUUACUGAACUGGUCCAGAUGCUGCUUUUUGCUUAGAAAACAAACAUAAGCAGUAUUUGUUUAAGGCUGUUAUGUUAUCUGCACAACAUGACUGAGGGUUUGGCGCAUCCAUUUAUGAAUGCUGCUCUUUUUUUUUCCCGUGUUUUAGUCCAAGCAAAAAAACAAAAAGCAUAAAUUGUCCUUACAUUUACUGUGGACUGAGUGCUAAAAGCAGGUCUUUCAGCCCUUGAAGAGUUUGAUGUCUACAGGAGUGUGCACUUGUCAGAUAGUGUAGAACUACUAUUUCAAUCCUCUUUUGGGAAAAAUUAGUCAAAAUUUGGAAAAGAAAUGCUUGGGAUAAAUGGGAUGCUACUUAUGGCAACCAUGAGAUGAGUCUCUAGAUGUCCAAGGAGGAAAAUUCUAGAAGUGUUUAGAGAGAUCUGAGAAGUUCGUGUCAUACUUGUGUGAUAGUUUUGCCUGAAGGGAGCCCCCCAGGGCCCUGUGAGGCUCCCUGUCCUGUCUUCCUGUUGCAUAUUGGGCUGUAGUAAACCUCACUGCUUUUCUGUCCUCUUUUCUAUAGCAACAGUAUGGCCACUGCUUUUAAGAAAGCAGAGUUCCAGCCCUUACCAUUAUCUUGGGUUCUGUUUUUUUCACACCUAAGUGUCAUCUUGGAGCCCCAAGCAGUGCUGGUCUUUUGUGGGUGGGGAGACACUGCCAUGAAAGAAGGGGAUGUGCCAGGUUUGCACCACCCACCCUUGUCUGUUCCCCUUACUCCCAUCCCAGGUGACUGACUUCUCUCCGAGCCAUUUCCCAGUGCAGCACAGAUUGUAGAAUGUUGGGCUUCUGCGUUCACCAGCUCCUGCCUGUGGUGAAACCAAGCUGCACGGAGACAAUGGGCUCAGUACUGCUUUACUGUUCUGAUGACUCAGGAGACUGAGCUCCCCUUCCCCCAAGGCAGGUGCCAUUGCCCUUAGUCCCCUGACUGGAACAGUUGCCACAUUCCGUUAGCCUGGCACACCGCCUCUUCUGCGUGCUCGUAGCCACUGAAACAGAACAUCAGCUCUCACGCAUAGUAGCCCUCUGCAGAGGAUGGAGCCAUCCUGCCAUCUCAUUUUACCUGCAAGGCUGUUACGUCACCCAUGUUUAAGGAGGGUGCCUGUGUGAUCACCUGGCCUUAUACUAGAGAUUUGUUUAUUUUUGCCACCCACCUCGCUUCCGUGAGCAGCAGGGUUAGGGCUCACAACUCAGAAGACUGGAUGCUGCAGCGAGCCCCCCAGCCUUUCACCUGAUGCUUUGCAGACCUCAGGAUGUUGCUGGUGCUCAUUUU